AUGUACUUGGAGCACUACCUGGACAGUAAGCGCCCUGCAGCCCCGCGCCUGCCGCCCGUGCGCAGCCCUCCUCGCCGCAGCCCGACGCGCUCUAGGCACCGCGCGCGAAUCUCAGGGCUUUGUCUGUGCAGGGCUAGCUUUUCACCCAUUUCUUCAUCAGAUAAGAAAGCAGAGAUUGACCUCCUGGCUGCAGAGUACAUCUCCACGGUGAAGACUCUUUCUGCAGACCAGCGGGUAGAGCACCUGCAGAAGAUCCAGAGCGCCUACAGCAAGUGCAAGGAGUAUAGCGAUGACAAGGUGCAGCUGGCCAUGCAGACCUAUGAGAUGGUGGAUAAGCACAUACGAAGGCUCGACGCAGACUUGGCACGCUUCGAGGCGGAUCUGAAGGACAAGAUGGAGGGCAGUGAUUUCGAGAGCUCCGGGGGGCGAGGGCUGAAAAAAGGUCGAGGUCAGAAAGAAAAGAGAGGGUCCCGAGGCCGAGGCAGGAGGACAUCAGAAGAAGAUACUCCAAAGAAAAAGAAGCACAAAGGCGGGUCCGAGUUCACAGAUGCCAUCCUGUCUGUACACCCCUCCGACGUGCUAGACAUGCCUGUGGACCCAAAUGAACCCACGUACUGCCUGUGCCACCAGGUGUCCUAUGGGGAGAUGAUCGGCUGUGACAACCCCGACUGUCCGAUAGAGUGGUUUCACUUUGCCUGUGUGGACCUUACCACGAAACCCAAAGGAAAAUGGUUCUGUCCACGGUGCACCCAGGAGAAGAGGAAGAAGAAGUAGGAAGAGCUGGAAGGGGAAGUUUACAUGCCCCUGGUUCACGCUGCAAUAUUUCCUUCCAUUUUAAAGCUACCUUGUUUAAUUGAUAUUUAAUAACUCAGUGGCCAGUUGUAACUUGGAUGUUUCCCAAGAAACCACUGAACUCCGUUUGCACAGAGGAGUGGUCUUACAGGGACUUGCUACAGUGACAUUAUUCUUGCGAUGUUUUAUAUGAACCUUCCCCCCAGCACCAGGUGAGGCAGGUGCUGAGAGAGCCGUAGAGGCCUUGGCCUGCCGGGCACAGCCUUGCUGGGGCAGAGGCGUUUUAACCUGGUGUACUGCUACCACUUUGCAGCUGGAGCCAUCACCUUUUAUAGUCUGUGAGCAGUUUCCUAGGACUGUUGUGUGUGGCAUGGGCUCCGCAUGCCCUGACACCACUGUAAGCACAUCUGUCACUCAGACACACAUGUGGGGUCCAGUGCCAAGACUUCCAGGUGCCCCCUGCACACUCAGCUGAUGCGGGUUCCAGCAACCACAGACUCUCAGUGAGGACCCAUCUGACACAUACCUGUGAUAGGCGGGGCUCUCUUGGGAGGAGGUGGCCGUGGCUUACUGCACUGCCUUUUUAGUUUGGACUCAGUUUCUCCCUCCAGGGGAUUCACCUUCCAGAGUAAACAGCUCUUCAUUAGCAAAUGGCCUGUCAGUGACUAUGACCAGCACCAUGAGAGAUGCAUAACAGCCAGGCCCGUGUUCUGUUUCUCUGGGAUUCCUGACAUUUUUACUGUGAAGAUGAAAUUACUGUAGUAGCAUGAAGAUUGUGGGUCUGUGUGUCUGUGAAGUGAGUCCAGUCCACUAGAGCUGACUGCACGCCUGUGCUGCAUGCGGCUGGGUGGCAACUUGUGUUCGGGCACUGCCAUGAUGCGUAGGACUUGUGAAUUUGUUGUGUCACAGUAGUAGUUAUGGAAUGAAGUUAGGAAAGUAGUGUACUUUUUGUUUAAUCAGCAUUCACCAAACAAUUUUGAAUCAUCUUUUUGGUAGUAGGUGGGAAAAAUGCAUACAUCUGGUCUGAGAUACGUUUGUGUGGUACCUGAAGUGUGACUUCUGAGCAUCUUAGACUCUGAAAUCCCAUAGCAUGUGUUUAGGUUAGAGGACUCCUCAAGAACAAGGGGCUUCUGUCCUCACUCCAGAAACAGAAACCCAUGAGAGAAUUGAGAUCUGAAAUUCCCAACUUAAGAAAAGUUUCAUUUUCUUUCUUUCUUUUUGAGACAGAACCUCAAGC